UGAGGUAAGGAAGGAAGGAAAUAUGAAAGAAGGAAAAAGGAACAACAGAAAGAAGGAAGGAUGGUAGGAAGAAAGGAAGGAUGGUGGAGAAGGAAGGUAGACGUAGGAAGGUGAGGAAGUAAGGGAUGAAGGAAAGGACAAAGGACAGUAGGAGGAAAGGAUGGAUGGAAGGAAGAAGGAAGGAGGUAAUGAAGGUAGUGAGUAGAUGAAGGAAAUGAUGAAGGCUGGUAUUAAGGACAGAGGGAUGGUAGGAAGGAGGGACCAAGGGUAGGUAUGUAGGAAGGAAGGAAGGAACAAGGGUAAGUACAUAUGUAGGAAACAAUGAAGCACAAUAGGAGGAAGGAAGGAAAGGAAGGGAAAGUCAUAUAGACAUUACUACAGAAAGAAAGAUGAAUAAAUGAGGACAGAGUAGAGACACAGCUCCCCCUGGUGUCAGAGCAGCAGAACAACACUGAACAACAUUCAUGUGUCAAAUAUUCACGAUACGUCAUAAUAUCGUCAUUAUAUCGUGAGUAUCGGUGACUGAGUUUCUCCUCACGCGCCACUGAUCACAGCUGUUAUUACAGACUGUACAGCAGGUGGCGCUGCUGCUACUGCUGCUGCUGCUGCUGCUGCAUCAUGACUGAGGAGGAGGAGGAGGAGGAGGAGACGCUGCAGCACACACACACACACACACACACACACGCGGAGGAAGAACCGAGCAGCAGCAGGAGGAGAAGAGGAGCGGAGGUCUGGAGAGAGAAACGCCGCAGCAGGAGCUUCAUCACACGGACACCGUGCAGCUCUGUGAGCGCUGAGUGACGACGAGAACCGGAGCAACACGGAGGACAUGGACGAUCAUCGUCCAGAGUUACACAACAACAUGAACAGAAGCUCAGUCAUUGUGAUCCUGUCACUGCUGCUGCACAGCGCCUCCUCUUCGUCCUCGGAGACUCAGAAAGAAGCCGGAGCGAACGACAACAGCACGGUGUUCACCAGGAUCCUGGACGGACUCCUGGACGGUUACGACAACCGGCUGAGGCCGGGACUCGGAGAGAACGUGACGGAGAUCAAGACCAACAUCUUUGUCACCAGCUUUGGACCUGUGUCUGACACUGAGAUGGAGUACACCAUCGACGUGUUCUUCCGUCAGAGCUGGAAGGACGAGCGUCUGAGCUUCAAAGGUCCCAUGGAGAUGCUGCCGCUCAACAACCUGCUCGCCUCCAACAUCUGGACGCCCGACACCUUCUUCCUCAACGGCAAGAAGUCCAUCGCCCACAACAUGACCACGCCCAACAAGCUGCUGCGCCUGACCGAGGACGGCACGCUGCUCUACACCAUGAGACUGACGAUCUCGGCAGAAUGUCCCAUGCAGCUGGAGGAUUUCCCCAUGGACGCUCACGCCUGCCCCCUGAAGUUUGGCAGCUAUGCAUACCCAGUGUCAGAGGUGGUCUACACGUGGACCGAUGGAGCAGCUCUGUCUGUGGUGGUGGAGAAGGACGGAUCCAGACUGAACCAGUAUCAUCUGAUCGGACAAACGGCCGGGACAGAGGACAUACACACCAGCAGAGGACAGUACACCGUGAUGAUGGCCCACUUCUACCUGAAGAGGAAGAUUGGAUAUUUUGUCAUUCAGACGUAUAUGCCCUGCUUCAUGACGGUAAUCCUGUCCCAGGUGUCCUUCUGGCUGAACAGAGAGUCGGUUCCUGCGAGGACAGUCUUUGGAGUGACCACAGUGUUGACCAUGACCACGCUCAGCAUCAGUGCCAGGAACUCGCUGCCUAAAGUGGCCUAUGCCACCGCGAUGGACUGGUUCAUCGCCGUCUGCUACGCCUUUGUGUUCUCGGCGCUGAUUGAGUUUGCCACAGUGAACUAUUUCACCAAGAGGAGCUGGGCCUGGGACGGGAAGAAGGCUCUGGAGGCGCAACAUCCCAAAAAACGUGACCCCAUGAUUCUGUCGAAAAAGCCCAACAACGUUUGCUCGGCAGGCAGUGGCGGCGUCAACUACACGCCCAACCUGACCAAGGACAUCUCCAUCUCCACCAUCUCCAACAUGACGUCGGUGCAGCUCCGCACCUCCGAGGCCAAGAUGGUGGACCCCAAGAAGACGUACAACAGCGUGAGCAAGAUCGACAAGAUGUCGCGGAUAGUGUUCCCCGUCCUCUUUGGAACCUUCAACCUCGUGUACUGGGCCACGUACCUGAACAGAGAACCCGUGGUGAAAGGAGUCGCUGCCUCAACGUAAUCUCUCUCUCUAUUUUUUGAUUUGUUUUAUCUGGAGCGCGUGGACUUAAAGGACUCGUUGUAAGGUCUUGACAAAAAAAGAAAAAAAUGUAAACAAAUAUCUGCGCUUGAAGAACAAAAACUAUACUCAACUAUCUAAUUCAAGCACUUUGAAUGGAUGCAAGGCUGCGACAGAAUCUCCUUCUCCCCUGAUCUUAAUGGCCUGAAAAACUGCUUUUAAGACUGUAAGACAAACGAGAGUGCGGUGCUUUUGCUUCAUCUCAUCCCUGCUGCAGUUUGCAUGAAAACGCGACAAAAAAAAACUAAACAAAAAAAACCUGACUGCUUUUUGUCUUGAAUGACGACCGUGUGUAUAUGUGUUGAUCACUGCUUCACAUAUAAAAGCACACUCACCACCACCAUCAUCACCACCACCACGACGUCAGAUUCUAACGCUAUGACGCAAACAAACUGCAAUACAGCACGUGUUUGAGUUUUUAAAGAAAUCCCACUCUCGGUCUCUGGAGAUUAACGCUGCAAGUGCAUUAAUGAUUGAACUUUAUGUCUCUUAUUUUCCCCGUCUGUUGCAGUGAGCGCUCAUGUGUCUCUGGUCGUCUUUACUUAAAGAUUCGACUGCUGCAGACCUGGUUUCCCAAAAAACCUCUGAUAGUUGAAGCCUCAAUGAGGAGCGGUGAAAGAAUUCUAUCUAAAGGUUAAAAAAAAGGCUGAAUUUCUGAGCAAAGAGGCUCUUCUUCAUUUAUAAAUCAUUGGAAAAUCAUCAUUUAUGCCAGUAUAUGUCUGCAGGAUCAUUGAGUGUCUCAGAGAGGACACUAAUAAUCAGCCGAGUGACGCCGAGAGUCUGGAGACAAGCGUUCACGCCACGAGGAUAAACUUUAACGAGGUCAUAAAUCAAACUAACAGCCAGGCGUCAAACCAAGGUCUAAAUUUAAACAAUGCAGCUUUAGGUAAAAAUGAAUCUGCCUUUAAUUCUGGACACGUUUACAACAACACAACAGAGCAAAGAUGUCGAAUUUUACAAGAAAAAUUCAACAAAAAGCCACAAAUAAAUGAAUAAAUAUUCACUAAGAGAGUAAACAUGGGCCAGAGCCGACUGCUGCAGACCUGCUUUCCCGAAAAACACUGAUAUUUCUGUUCAAGCUAAAACCACACUCGCAGUAGUUCCACAAGUUUUCGGGAAAAAAACAUUGCCCUUGGCAGCAGCUGCUACACAUGCUAGCAAUGCUAGCUAAAGACCGUGCUACCGAGUCAGUGUUGUUUCUUAAACGUCUAAAAACAAUAACAUUUAUUCAUAAUGAAUAUUUUCUCAAGAAUUUAGCUAAAAUCUCGAAGACAGAUUUUAGCUUAAGUCGUAUGCUAGUGCUAACCCUAGCAAGUCAGUGUCAUUCCUUCAACCUCUAAAAACAAUAACAUUCAUGGUAUAUUUAAAAUACUGUGAUUCCAUGUAUGUUGGUGUUUACCAACAAUAAACAGCUAUGUUUAGUUCUAGAAGGUUCUCAUGUGCUAGCAAACCAAGCUAGUGCUAGUGCUAACCCUCAGUCAUUGACAGUAGUUCCCAAAUGUCUUUAAAAAUGACUUUUUCUAGUAUUUUGUUCAAGUUAUCGUUGAUAAUUUAAUUUAUUUGACUUCAGUUUUACUGAAGAAGGAAAGAUUGUAGAUUUUCGGAAGCUGCUACACAUGCUAGCAAUGCUAGCUACAGUUAUAAAAACCGAGUAUAUGUUAUAGCGUGUCGUAGUGUAGUUCCUUAAACGUCUAAAAACAAUGACAUUUAUUCAUGGUGUUAAAAUCAUAUAGUUCCAUGUAUUCAUCAUCAGCUUGUUUUUCGCUCAAGAACCUGCUACAUGUGCUAGCAAUGCUAAAAGUAGUUCCUUUAACUUCCAAAAACACACACAUAUAUACAUAUACAUAUAUACAUAUAUAUAUAUAUAUAUAUAUAUGUUUACGUUUACUGACAGCUAAGUUUUGAUUCUAGAAGGCGCUCACAUGCUAACAAUGCUAGUCAAUAUAAAAACAAAUCCUGCUUGUAAAUUUUCAGCACGUAGCUUAGUAGCACUAACACUAGCAUCUGUUUAGCAUGUGCCUAGCCUCCUGGUUGUGGCUCACAUUCAGGUAAACAAAGCUCAUUUUUAAAUGCUCACGACGUAACGAGGCCUUGAAGCUACAACGAUGUUUUUGGGAAACCGGGUGGAGUCAUGUAAAUAGCUUUUCUUUUACUCAUUAACCUUUUUGCUUUAUCACAAAAUAUUGUGACAUUUGCAUUUUAAAGCCUUUAGAUGUAGAAAAAAGAACCAAAGUCUAGUACUGACUUGUUGUAAUGUCUUAUUUCUUCGUGUGAGGUUACGUUUCCUUCCUCCUUCUCCCUUCCUACGUUUCCUUCCUAGCUUGUAGAUUGGCACAAACUCUUGCUUCUAACGUGUCAGUCCGCUCGGAUUCUCCGCGUCUUUAUUUCCACAUGGACUCUGACUGGAGUGGAAGCGGCGAGCGCACGUCCACGGCUGCGUGGCGUGUUGUUCUCUGGCGUGGUGAGAAACUCAGGAACUAAAGGACUCCACGCUUCCAGCACAAGAGUUGCCUCAGAGUCGCGUGGAUUGUGACGCCGAGCGUCGGUUGACUCGUUCGCUCGCUGCUGGGAGCAAAGUCCCUCAUAACCUUUCGGGCACUGAAUGGCUUUGGUGUAAAAACCAUGUAAAUAAAGACGACAUCAGCUGCUA